UCCUUCUGGCGGUGAUGGCCUCCUUCUCCGUCUCGGUGCUGCUGCUCCUGGCCCUCGGGGUCGCUGCCCUGGCCGAGCCCGUUCACUUUUUGGACUGUGGCUCUCAGGUUGGAAAAAUUGAGGAAGUGGAUGUGAUCCCCUGCUCCACUCAGCCUUGCAAGUUGCACAAAGGGGAAUCCUACAGUGUCAAUGUCACCUUUGUCAGUGAUGUCCCAUCUCAGAACAGCACGGCUUUAGUGCAUGGUAUUUUGAUGGGUGUUGAAAUACCUUUCCCUAUCCCUCAGCCUGAUGGAUGUAAGUGCGGCAUUAACUGUCCCAUUGAAAAAGGCAAGACCUAUAGUUACUUGAACAAACUGCCAGUGAAGAGUGAAUACCCCAAGAUGAAGUUGGUUGUGAAGUGGACACUUUUGGAUGACAAGAAAAAUACUCUGUUCUGCUGGGAGAUCCCAAUAGAAAUUGUGUAAACUGAGGAGCUAUAGCCCACCAAUAUGUUUGUCUCAGGAUAGAAGGGGGUGAGGGUGGGGAGUUAGGUUGUUGGGUUGUUGGGAAAGGAUGUAACCUGAAACAAGCUCAGUGCCAUAAGAAGAAAGGGAUUUCCAGUAUGCUGCCUUGUGCAUCCAGACCCCUCUCACUAUAGCAUCAAAAACUGUGCCACGAUCCCAUGGGAGCCUGGAGAGUGCAGGUGUGGACUGUUCAUUGGCAUUCUCUGCAGUUGGCAUAGGGAGGCUAACCUCAGGGAGCUGAAAUGUCCAAGAUGUUGCCAGUGGGUCACAGAAUUCAAUUCCAAACUGUGGUGAUGUAGGUAGGAUAUUAAAUCUCUAAGCUUUUCAACCUAAGUGCCUCAUUGUGAGUCUAACAUUCCUGUGGAACCAUUCCCUGACCCUGCUUCCUACAUCUGUCAGUGCUUGUGUCAUCUGCCUCCUUCCACCAAAGAGCUCAGUUGCCAGGAGCUCUGGAUAGAUGAAUGGCUAUUUGUCUUAGUUAGUGUCAAAUGUUUCUGCUUUAAUUCUGCCAUAGGUGGCUUUUACUGAAUGAAUGGAUGAAUUUUUGCACUAGUUUAUGGUGAAUACACCACAGUACAUAUCAGCUGAAUCUGCCUUUUUUUUUUUUAAACCUCAUUAACUUGCAAACUUAUGUACCUGGAAAUUCCUUUGAAUAAAGUCGUUAUGAAUCUUG